AUGAUUUCAUCACGAAUCAAUCAUGACAAAGACGAGCGAGUUAUUAUCGAAUUUGAUGAUACAACUCGUGCAUGGAAUGAUUUGAAACAUGGAAAUAUUAUUCAAAAAUCAUUUGUUCACGAACGAUUUACUAUUUCAUUAAUAGAAUGUACAAAAAUAUAUAUGACACAUAAUGGUUCAUUUGAAAAUAUGAAUCGAUCAAUAUCAUCAGAAACUAUUGAUAUACCAUCUCUUGUUACAACACUACCCGAAAUAAAUAUUAAUUGUCAUAUAUGUCGUAAAUAUCAAGGUCAACUUUAUCCAUGUCGUAUAUGUGGCAAAGUUUAUCAUCAACAAUGUAUCAAAGAUAUGGGAGAUACAAAAUCAUAUCAUUUAAUAAAAAAUGCUACCAAUAAUUUUGGAUGGAGUUGUCCAAUAUGUGAAGAUCUUCGAGUACUUUUAUCAACUGAAGAAUUAGCUGAAACUAAUGAAUGGAUAAAAUCAUUAGGUAGUCAAGUUACUUUUAAUCUCGAUAAUUAUAUAAAUACUCGUAUUAAAUCAAAAUUAUCUGUUGAUUAUCAUUUUGAGGAAUUAUAUGAUCAUAUAAAAAUGAUUUUAAAAAUCUUUCUACAUACAAUUACUGAUGUAACAUCUAAUCGAUUAUCUCAAGAAGAUUUACUUAUGCUUGAUGUUAGUAUGAAAAUUUUUCGUACAUCUCCAAAACUUCUUGUUAAUUCAUUAACAUCAUUGGAACUUUAUCGACUUAGUCAAUUUUUUAUUUCCUUAUCAUCUACAGAUAAUCAAUAUAUUACUGAUGAUAAAUUUCAUCAAGUUUUUAAUACUUAUCUUCUAGCAAUCAUGCCUGAAAUAGAUUCUAAUGAAAAACAUUCACAUCAAAUGUGCUUUUACUUUGAAGAUUUAGAAGCAUUAGCUUAUAGUUUAUUGGGUAAUAUGAUUAACUUUGAUCGAACAUGGACACAAUUUGUUCUUAAUGCUACUAUUCCAACAUUAUUAGGACGAUAUAACUAUCGAACACCAUUUGAUUUUAUUAAUCGAACUGUUUCUAUCAAACGAUUGACUAGUCCUACAACAGCUAAUCUUACAGAACACAAAGAUAAUCAAUCAUUAGCAACAUUGAUUAAUAAUAUUUUACAAAAGCUCAAACAAACUGUUGGAAAUGAGACCGAACCAUUAAAAGAUCAGCAUGAAAGAAAGAUUACGGGAAUGAAAAAGCGAGCAAGUCAGAAAAUAAAACACUGA